GGGCGGGACUUCCUGUGUGCGAGAGGUCUGUCUGUUUUGGUGGAAUUGAUCUUGGCCCAUAAGAAACAAAACAGCCCCAUUAUUACAAUGCCUUACUACAGCUUGGAGAUCAGCUGGUGCUUGUGGACAUUUCUAGGUCUGCUUUCACUGCCUGGUGUGUUUCUGAGCCAAGACAAGUUAAAUAAACUCCUGUUGGUAUCUUUCGACGGAUUCCGUUGGGACUACCUUGACAGGGUUUCAACACCCAACUUCGACUCGCUGAUUAAGAGCGGUGUGCAGGUGGAGCGCGUCUACAAUGCCUACAUCACAAAGACCUACCCUGACCAUUACACCCUCGUGACUGGCCUUCACGCUGAAAGCCAUGGUAUAGUGGCUAACGAAAUGUAUGACCCUGACAUCAACCGAACUUUCUCCAUGGACAGAAUGGAUAUUUAUGACUCCAUCUGGUGGGAUGAAGCUAUUCCAAUUUGGGUCAGCAACCAAGAGGGAGGACACAGAAGUGGUGCUGCUAUGUGGCCAGGUUCUGAUGUGAAGAUCCAUGGGAAAUAUCCCACUCACUACAUGCUCUACAAUGAGUCUACCCACUUUGAAGUGAGAGUACAACAGCUGAUCAGCUGGUUCAUGAGCACCGAGCCCAUCAACUUUGGCCUGUUGUACUGGGAGGAACCAGAUGAGAGUGGCCAUCGGUUGGGUCCUGAAAACCCUGAAAUGAAUGAUGUUAUAUCUCAAAUUGAUUCCAACCUGGGAUACCUGCUAGAUCAGCUGAAAAAGAGUGGUUUAUAUGACGAACUGAAUCUUGUCGUCACGAGUGAUCAUGGGAUGUCACAGAUGUCAUUGGACAGGGUUAUCGAGCUGGAUAAUUAUGUAGAUAGAGACCUUUAUACAUGGAUUGACAAAUCUCCCGUGGUUGGCAUUUUGCCUAAGGAAGGCAGAUUUGAAGAAGUGUACACAGCUUUAGAAAAAGCACACCCUAACAUGACUGUGUACAAGAGAGAAAGCAUUCCUGAGCGCUACUACUACAAGUAUAAUAGCAGGAUUCAGCCUAUUUUAGCAGAAGCCAAGGAAGGCUGGACAAUUAUGAGAAAUAAAAGCGAUACAUUUAUGCUGGGUAACCAUGGUUAUGACAACAUGCUGCCGAGCAUGCAUCCAAUAUUUAUUGCUCAUGGCCCUGCCUUCCGGAAGAACUACAGCAAGAAGUCCAUGCAGUCUGUGGACCUGUACCCGCUGAUGUGCCAAAUCCUUGGGAUCUCCCCAGCCCCAAACAACGGGUCACUCAGCCACGUGCAAGACCUCCUCGCCGAAUCCUCGCCUCUAGGCCCAGUCCAGCAGCUUGAGGACUCCCACUCCUCUUUGCUGGGUGCCAUCUUGGGUUUUGCUCUUGUGGUAGGUUUUCUCAUAAUCUUUGUUAAACAGGUGACCCAAAAACAGAUACCUGUGGUGCCCAUCACUAAUAUUGAGAUUGUACAGCCCCUACUACAAGAUUAGAGUUGCUUUGUUUUUACAUCAAGAACUCUCUAACACACUUUUCCUAUCCAUGCUAAAAUGUUAGUAACGUUAUAUGUGAAUGUUGACAAUAUGAGUCAGAUACAGUAUGUGCCUGGAUGUGGUGUGAUUUCAUCUAUACCUUUUUGUUUUUGUGCAUCUUAAUGUGGUACAAAUUAAUUGUCUUAACUGUAGCACUGUCUUCAGGAUCAGUUCCUAUACUUACUACCAUCUAAAGACUUAUAUUUUCUUGUUAGUGUAGCAUAAUUGGCUGAGCAAGGGUCCAGUGGUUAGUUACAGUGCCUAGCAAAAGUAUUCACCCCCCUUGGACUUUUUCACAUUUUAUUGUGUUACAGCAUGGAACCAUGAUGUAUUUAACUGAGA